CGCCAGUUUGUCGGGCCGAAGAGGCCUCCUAGUGCACGCUGGCGCGCGCCCCGCGUCUCGAGACAUUAUCUGCAAGCUGUAGCGGUGUGCGUGUGCGCGCGAGGUGUGGUUAGUGUGACACAAGGAUUACUCGGGUGCCGAGCUUUCUCUCGAGAGCUCGAGAGCUUGCGUUGCCGGGUCGAGGAGUGCGCUCGUCCCUCGGGGAGGAGCAGUCGUAGCAGGAGACAGUCCUCCUGGCUGCGAGAAGGAACAGGGGGGGGGGGGGCAGAGAGCUUACUCUCUGCGGCAGCUCUAAUACCAGUGCAGUUCCGUAUCACGUGCUUGUUCCGACGGUCGCGUCGUGAUAGUGAAUAUACAUAGUGUGUGCGCGGGCCAACGAGUGUCUCGCUCGCGAGGCUUUUCUGUUUACGUCGCGCGCUGACCCAGAGAGUUCAUUGAUCGCUUCGACCAAGGAAGAGAUAAAGAGAGAGAGGAGGAGGUGAGGCGGGCGAAGGAAGCAGUCGAGGACACGACUGCGAUCGAGUGCCGGCGCUGGGAGGUCGGUCACCCUGUCGAUCGGGAUAAUGAGACCGGUCUCGUUUGGCCAAUCAGUCGUCGCAAGAAACUCGGGCACCGAUCGAGCACUGCGUAGCACAUAGUGCGGAGUCGAGCCGACUAGUGAGAGUCGGCGGCGGAUGUCCUCGGUGCGCAAAAAGGCUGCCCCCGCGCUGAUUACCAUCUGGCUGGAGACAAGAAAUGGGCCGACUCGUCAGCGGCUAACGAGGCCAGCACCCCCGCCCCGAGGACUGCGUGCCCGUGCGCGUAUGUGAUGUGGUCGGCAGCGAAAAGGCAGCUGGAGGUCGCCGGCAACCGGCAGCAUCAGCAGCAGCAGGGGCAGCGCCUGCACUGACCUUCGCGCUGACUCUUUCUCUCUCUCGCGCGCUCCUGGAAGACACGAGGAUGGGCUGCUGGUGGUACUUCUGGCUGGUCUGGCUGCUGCUGGCCGAGCACGGGCUGGCCGAGCUGAGCUCGCGGAUCGUGCGCACUCAGUACGGCGAGUUGUCGGGUGUGAUAGUGUCGCUGGGCAGGAAUCUCGAAAACGUCGAGGUCUUCCGUGGUGUGCCUUACGCGUCACCGCCCAUAGGCACGCUCAGGUUCAUGCCGCCGGUCAGCUCGGCCAGAUGGCACGGGGUCAGGGUGGCCGACAAGUUCGGCCCGGUCUGCCCGCAAAAGCUGCCCAGCCUCACAGAGAAGAUGCCCAAGGGCAGGCUGGACUACCUCAGGCGGCUGAUGCCGUACCUCAAGAACCAGAGCGAGGACUGCCUCUACCUGAACAUCUACGCCCCCGUCCAAGCUGGCGCGAGGAGUAGCGGCGGCAAGAGCUACCCGGUGGUCGUCUUCCUACACGGCGAGAGCUACGAAUGGAACAGCGGCAACCCCUACGACGGCUCGGUCCUGGCGAGCUACGGCGGGCUCGUCGUCGUCACCGUCAACUACAGACUCGGCAUUCUGGGCUUUCUGAACGUCAACACGGACUCGCACUUACGCUCGCCGGCGAAUUACGGACUGAUGGACCAGAUCGCGGCGCUGCACUGGGUCCAGGAGAACAUCGCCUAUUUCGGCGGCGAUCCGAAGAACGUGACGCUGGUCGGACACGGGACCGGCGCCGCUUGCGUCAACUUCCUCAUGACCAGUCGGGCAGUGCCGGACGGUCUGCUGUUCCACCGAGGCGUCCUGAUGUCGGGUAGCGCGCUCUCGCCCUGGGCCCUGAUAAGGGGCGCCGCCAAUUACGCGACUCAGGUCGCCAAGAAUCUCAAUUGUUCGUCGACGGGAGACUCGCAGGCGCUGCUCAAGUGCCUGAGGGACGUGCCGCUGGCCCCGCUGUUGGCGGUGCCGGUGCAGGGCUUGGAGUUCGCGCCGGCUUUCGGUCCCAGCAUCGACGGCGUGGUCAUCGACCCCGGCGAACCCGAGGACCAGGACUACACUCUUCAGGUGGACACCAUCAACACGCUCAACAACAUUUUGCUGAGGAAGGACGUCGUCGCCAAACUGUCGAGGUACGACCUGAUGGUGGGCGUCGUACGAUCCGAGUCGUACUUCUCGCUGACGGCCGAGGACGCGCAGUACGGCAUCGAAGCCGACCGCAGGAUGAAGAUACUGCGCGAAUUUGUCCGCAACACCUACACCUACCACCAGCCGGAGAUACUCGCGACGAUAAUCAACGAGUACACCGACUGGGAGAAGCCUGUGCAGCAUCCGGUCAACAUAAGAGACGAGACGCUGGAAGCGCUGGGCGACGCGAACACCGUCGCACCGGCCACCCGUACGGCUGACCUGCACAGCCAGUCCCACCGGAACUCCUACCUCUACGUCUUCGACUACCAGACGAAAUUCGGCGACUAUCCCCAGCGACAGGGAUGCAUCCACGGAGAGGAACUGCCCUACUUCUUCGGCGCCCCAUUGGUUUCGGGUCUCGCGCACUGGCCCCGAAACUACACGAGGACGGAGAUCGGACUGUCCGAGAGCGUCAUACUGUACCUGGCCAACUUUGCCAGGACUGGAAAUCCGAACGAGGGCACACCAGAGCCAGGCGCGCCGUCCGCCAGGCCCGAGCGCACGAAGCUCAAGAACCUCGAGUGGACCGCCUACGAGGCCGUGCAUAAGAAGUACCUCAGCAUAGACAUCAAGUCGAAGCUGAAAAACCACUACAGAGCUCACAGACUGUCCUUCUGGCUGAACUUGGUUCCCGACCUGCACAAGCCCGGAUCCGACGACGUUCCUAGGUCACAUCAUCUGCUGGAUUCCGAGCAGGUACCGCCACGCUUCAUACAGAGGCUACCGGCAACAACGACGCGGCCGACCACCCUCGAAUCGACGAGCGAACGGCCACCCAACGUCACGUCGGCCCAGCCCAGCGAGCUGGCCUUCGAGGAGUCGACGACUCCGCCCGAGGACGGCUUUGCCGCCUACUCCACUGCCCUCAGCGUGACGAUAGCUAUCGGCUGCAGUCUGCUCAUUCUCAACGUCCUCAUAUUCGCCGGCGUCUACUACCAGCGCGACAAGAACAAUCAGCAUCACUACCCCAAGAAGCGCCAGGAGAACGGACAGAUGCCCAACAACAUCUGCGGGGAACUGGAGGGCAAGUCGACGGAGCGACGACACAUCCAGCACAUGACGCCGCCGGUGUUCGCCGAGCCGCAGAACAACUCCUGUCACGUGCCGAUGCCCCCGCCGCCCCCGAAAAACUCCAAGCCCGGCAAGCAGCACCAGCAGAGUCAGCAGCAGCAGCAGCAACAGCAGCACCAGCAGAGCAACCAGAACCUCAUAAUCAGUCCGAAUCACCUGCAGCAGGUCGAGAGCAUGGCGAUGGCCGGCUCGAGCACGCUCAAGAAGUCCAUGCACAACAGCAGUGCGGCGGCCUCGCACCAGGUCAUGGAAGAGCUGAGGGUCUGAAACGACGAGUUGCAAGAGCCCGCGUUCUCUUGCGAAUUCAUCUAAAGUGCGUCGUCAUUUCCUUCCUACAUCUCUGCGGCGACACACGAUGAACCGGCGCGGCGACUCUCCGCUGCACUUGCGAACGUACGAGUGCGCGAGGGGGACGCUGUUCGCCGACUCGUGUACAGACUGCUUGUAAAUACGAAUUUUUCACCUCCAUCAUCACAGACACGGCUCGCUCAUCGUCCUUUUACUCGGUUGUGUAUAUCGGAUAGCGCCGACGAGGAGGAACGUUAUUGCGGCUCCAGAGCGAGUUCUGUAAAUGAUUGGAAGAUAUAGCCAUGUGCAUGCACUACAAUGGUUCGCGCCGUCCUCCGACUCUCGCGUGUACUUCUUGUUAUGUGUGCGCGGCGGCUCUCUGUACAGACAAUGCGAUGCAGCGUUUCAUUCCUUAUUGACUAUGGUACCAUACAUGCAAGCAUAUUGUAAACUUUACGAAAGUGCUGCCGGUCUCGCGAAAAGAGAGCCACCUGCAUCGCGCACACCUUCAUCGUUAUGCACGAGCUGAACUGUAUGAUAAAACGAGCGAAUAAGCGUCGAGAGGCCGCCGCGCCGCUUGAUUAAUCGACAACUUCUGGAGCUCUAAAACACUACUGUAUAUCGGAUCUCAUUGUAAUUUUCAUGUAAAAUAUAGAACUGUGCGCGCGUGAAUGUGUAUUUCUCGAUGCGUAGAUCCGAGCGAGAGAGAGAGAGAGAGAGAGAGAGAGAGAGAGAGAGAGAGAGGAAGAGAGAGAGAGAGAGAGAGAGAGUGCAACAACGAUUUUCCUUACGACUCGCCAUUUCGGAUUCACGCGGGAGUGGAUUGGACACCUGUGAUAAUUGUUUUAUCUGUAUCCCCCUUCAGACUGUAGUAGUGUACGACAAGACCUUCAUCAAUUGAGUUCGAUAAGGAAGUAAAAAAACAUAUACCCUAUCUCGCGAUCCACCUCCUGAAAAUUCCAAGACGACGAAGCAGAAAGAGUCUGCGGUCGCGAUUGAUCCGCCGUGACUGGAGACCGUAACAAACCGAGCAAUUAAUGCACACGCCGCGCACACAGACACUGCGGGGGCGAGCUGGCACAUAGGACCAGAGAGAAAAGUCAAUAUGCUGAGAGGGCGGAAGAACGUUUGUCCGGAAGUCCGAGUGUAAGCGGCUGCCGCCGCUGCUUCAUUUGUACAAAGUAUAUUCCGAGUGGCUUUGCUGUAUACGUAUACUGUGUAUGUAUAGUCCUGCGGGCUUCUAUUGUUUCGAGGAGAGAUACUCACUUGCCCGGAACUCCUAUAUUCUCGCUCUGCUGGCUCUACUACGAUCUCGGACUUGAGCAACUGUUAGACUUCAAUGAUUGUUGUUGCUUUUAUUUGUCUAUUCUUGCAGCCCGCGCGGGGACUGGAUUAUGUAUAGUGUGCGUUUAUUGCUUUUCAGCGGGAGGAGCGCCUUAUUCAAUUAUUGUUACAUAACUCUCUUCGAGAAUAUUUGUAUAUACAUAUGAACUUUUGAAACUUUUUAUUAUUUGGGGAUUAUUAUAUGAGUAUAUAACUGCGUGUAUAUAAUUAUGUAAUCGAGCGAUUCGAGAUCGACAGAGCCACUUGGAAUAUGUGCACGGUAUACAGGGGAAAGAGAUCCCAGAUUAUCGAGUAAGGAAAAUUGUAAGUUUCGCGUACUCUCUCCAUCGCAGUUUUAUCUAGAUGUAUUUCGAACGGGAAUAAUCACUGCGUAUAAUACUUAAUUUUUCUUUUGUGUCGUGUACAAAGUUACGAGGUUCCAUGGAAUACUUUGUUAUAUAUAUCGAGGUAAUAAAUAUAAAGUAUGCCGAUUGGUGUGAUUGCGAGCAAGAAAAUUGAAAUAAUAGUCCGUGUAUAAAAAGAGUUCGACCUACAGGCGCGGCUCAAGGGGAUGUAAGAUGCGUGUAAGACACCUGCCAUCGUUAUCACUGCCCUCUAACUUUGAUAAUAAGAACGCGUUCUCUUGUGUUCGACGACUCGAAAAAGAUAUCCACAGGAAGCUUACACGUCUCCUCAGCUGCAAGAAUAAGCGCAGCAUUGUGUAAAAUAAAGUUAUUCAAAUAGCGCCAGUUAUUGGUUUGUCGAGGAAGUUUUGUAAUACUCAACAGACAAUAUGUACGCUCGAAGGAAAAAGAUAGAGGGACGAAAAAAUAAUGCUGAUUCGGCUCGCGGGUUCGACGUCGAUGCUCGAUAGCCGAUGCUCUGAUACAAUAUUAAUAAGUGAGAAAUAUCAGCGGCGACGCAUAGAUAUCGAAUCGAUAAAACGUGCAACCGCGGCAUAUACCGCGUACAUUAUCCAUAUAAAUAGACUCAUCGAGCGCGCAUAGAGGGAUCGGCAACUUUUUUCCAGACGACUAAUGUACUCACUGUAAAGUAAAACUGAAAAAUACAAGUAUGAAUUUUAAACCAUAUUAGUGAUGACAAAUAGCGUAUAAGCACUGAUGCGGUGUGGGCGAAAGUUCGAAGAAAAAAAGAGUAUGAAGCAUAUAACUAUGUGCGACGAACGCGUAAUUUUAAAUUUGUAUAUAUAAUUGAUAUUAAAAAAUAAAGAUAUGUAAGCAAUUAUUAUAAACACGAGACUACUUAGAUGUCUGUAAAAAGAGUUGUUAUUCGAUUCGUUGUGUAUACUUAGAGAAUUUCUGGCUUUUCUUUUUCAAUCGGUUUCAUACAUCUACUUUGAUCACGCCGAUGAACAAUGUUUUUUUUUCAUCAUCAGUGUUUCAUUGAACAUUCAUACGAACUAGUCUAGAUAACAAAACGAUCGAGUCUUUCAUUGGUGUGAUCGAAUAAGAAAGUCAGUGAUUUUUUUAUGGGGAAGAAAACGAAAAAAAACGAUCGACUUUACUACUACACUCUUCAAGCUUUUGUGUUUGAUAAGAGAAGGAAUUGGAGAAAUAAAUAAACAACAAGUAAAA